CGCGCGUGCGGGCGUCCCGAGACGAGGCGUGCGCGGCCGACGGCUCCAGCUGCGCCUCGAGCCAGGACGCCGCCGCCGGCAGCAAGUCCAUCCCCCUCCGCCGCAGCUUGGCCGCGCAGGAGCACGGCGUGGCCGCCUCGUGUGGCGCGGGCUCGGCCAACAUUCAGAGCAACGGCUUCCAGACGUCCUUCACCAGCCUGCCGCCUCUGCACCUCGGACGAGCUUCGCCUCCACCGGGGCCUGCCUGUGACCACGCAGUGCUCAGGUCCAUCGUCCGCUUCCAGGAGUCCACCCACCGCCACGACAGCAGCAACGGGAUGGAGCGGCAGACGUCGAGGCUGGUGGCGAGGAUACCGACGCUCCGCUCCCAGGCGUCGUCGGAGGGCGACUCGGACGCCACGAGCUCCGCCGAGGCGGACCUGAGGCGGCGCCCCUCCACAGGCUCCCACCACUUCGACAUCGGCCUGGUCAGGCAUGGUCGGGCUUCAAGCAAGGUCAAGUGCCUGUUGCCCGUGAUCCACCCGGAGGCCAGGUUCAUAUUCCUGUGGUUGGUGUUCGGUUGGUUCUUCAUUCUGACCACGCCCGGCGGCCCGCUCUCGGAGCGUGACCUCGCCGAGUGCCCAGGAGGACUCCAAUGGACAGGCGACUGUGGCGCUUUUGGUGACUCGCUCACGCACAAUACCUCAGACAAGCGCGGCAUCCUCGGUGACGGGCACGACAUUUUGGGCAAGCGCGUCGUCAUGGACGAGCACGACGUCAUCGGUGGCAAGCGCGACUUCGCCGGCAAGCACGACACCUCAGACGAGCACGGCACCCCUGCGAAGCACGACAUCAACAUGGGCAGUGACAGCCCCGUCACGCACAGCACGAAUGGCAAGCACGUCGAGCCUGGCGUGGACACUCCCCACGCCGUCCUGGGGCAGGGCUCGGGCGCCGCGGGCGCGGCGCGGGGCCUCGUGCCGGGCGCGAAGCGCAGGCCGGCCGCGGCCGCGAGGCGGGGUCAGGUGCAGAAGUCUGGCAAGAAGUACGCUCUCGCGAUCGUCCUGCUCGUUAGUUGCCUGCUGGCCGCUGCGCUUACGGGAGCUGCUGUCGGUGCCGCCAGCUACACGAUGACGUUGGCCACGGCGACAUUGAGUACCCCGACACCUCGGGCUCCUUGUCACCACGGCUGGACGCAGCUCGAAAACCUGGCCAGGAAAAACCAAACUUACGGGAUGGCGCCAGCUGCAAUGGCCGCGACGUGGAGCGAGCUGGGCUUCGACUGCACGCUGGGGUACCUCGGGGAAGGCCCUGGCGCGGCCGCGGCCGCCACAACGGACGAUAUGGACACGAAUGCGCCAACCGACGCCGGGCCCCUCGAGGCAAGACGCCGCGACGUGGUACGCCACGCUCCCACGGACGGGCAGAGCAGCUACGCGCGCGAUGUGUACUUCCAAUAUACCGCCGCAGGCACGUCAGCAGCGACACCAACGCCGAAUGGGCGGACGCCAUCACGCCAGAAAUGGUCCAACAACCAGUGCCCACGGCCGCCCAUCUACCGCCGCGCGCUCGCGGGGAUGGUGGGCGCCAUCGUAACGGAGCACACGAAGGCUUUCGCCCACACCCCGGAGUCCAUCACCAAGGCGGCCAAGCGUUGGUUCAUGUUCCCAGAGCUGCUGCUCGGGCACGCCAACCUCAAAGGCGGUAAGAGAGGCAACGUUCAGCUCACCACUGCGCUGUUCCGUUGGGCCACGGAUAUCAGGGAACACCGCGAAGCACAGCUUUGGGGCGCCGUCCUUGACUCCGCCCCACCUCCUUUGCGCGCCAGGCGGAAGACUACCGCAGAGGACGACGUUAUGACGGCACGCGAAUUCGUGGAGGCCGGCGCCGUGGGCAAAGCUACGAGAGUCCUCCGCGAAGCAUUCGAAGUUGCCGGAGACGAGUUGGCCCUUCAAGCCGCGCCGCAGCUCAUCCCACACCAUCAGCCGCAGCCACCAGCCGCCUACGACGAACAGGUCGACGAGCAGCAACAGUUCGCGCUACACUUCGCCAAAGCCUUGCGGUCAGCAAAAUGGCGGCGGACGAGGUCGCCGAUGGGGCUUCGCGGCAAGCAGUUCGGGCACAAGCACGCGGCUGGGGCGGAACUGGUCCACAAGCACGUGUCCACAGCCCUCCACGUCCGCCAGGACUACGCUGCGCUCUUUCUGGGCGCUGCAGACGCCUUCCAGAACUUGAGCAGGGUGUACAUCAACGAAGGCAUCGAUGCUCACUGCCGAGAAUUCCGCCGAUGGGCAAGAGGCUCCCGGCCGGACGCCGGGCAGGUAGUCUACCACGACACCGGGGGCGGAAUGCACAUCUGGAACCAAACGACGGGUAUUUUCCAGGGGCGCGGCAUGGCCACCACGCUCUUCUGCCUCGGACUCGACCGAGCCCUCGAGAGGGCCAAACACCAACUCGACGCAGCAGGUAUACAGCGCGAGCUUUUCGGCUACAUCGACGACCUCACCAUCCAUGCGAAGCCUGGGGACUUGCGCGCCAUAUACGCAGCAUACACCAAUGCACUGAGCCAAACCGGCCUCCAAACGCGCGUCGACAAAUGUGAGGUGUGGGCGAGGAAUCCUGCCGCGAUACCAGCAGGAGACAUGACGUGGCACAUGCGCACCGCCGGACUUCCCGCCCAAACGGCGACCGAGCUCGACGCCGACCUGCUCAGCACGCUGGAGGAGCUAGUGCAAACGCACGACCUCACAGCGGAGCAGAAAGAGAAAUAUUGGCACCCUGUCGCUUCGGGCGGCUUGGGUUUUCAGAGCGUGAGCGCAGUGCGCCUGGAUGCUCAGGCGGCCUCGUGGGCACUCUGCGAGAAGCCAGCACCCGACACGGAGCCGCCCGACACCACCCAGCGGCGCUUUACCAGGCACAGGCGGCGCGCAGAGUGGACGCAGUGGCUACGCGCAACAAUCUGCGCGACGCCAUCGCGCGAGCCCUACGUGAAGCCGGCAUUUGCGACAUCGCAGUCGAACAGUGGAUUCGCCCGCCCACCGGGCCAGGCAAUCCGGGUCUCCGCGCGGACCUCAGGUGACGGCCAGUGGGCCUAUCUUGACCUAGCGAUCGCGCAUGCCGCCUCGCAGCAGAGCUUGCAGGCCGGAGGGGCCCACACCCAAAGCACCACUGCGAGACUGGGCGAACAGGCCAAGCGUCGCAAAUACAACGGAGUCGCUGGUUCCCAGCCCUUCGGCUUCGAAGUUUCGGGAGCCAUGGGCGAGUCCACCCGGAAAUGGCUCGCGCCGCAAGUGCUGGAGGGCCCUGGGCGACAGGGGGCUCUCAGCACUCUCCACCGGUCCAUCGCCAUCUACGUGGUCCGGGAGGUGGCGCGCACGCUCAUCAGCGCUGCCUGA